AAAGGGCCCUAACCGUCCGUUUGGUUGCUGAGAAAACCUUGAGGCAAAUAAACGAAAGUUUCUAUUCAGUAAAGCCUUGAACGAUCAACAACGGAGAAAAACCCAGGAAAUGGAAAAUCCCAACUCCCUUUUCCUGUCGCUUUCCACAGUUUUCCCGACAAGCAAUCAGCACUUUGAUCAAUUCAGGCGACAAAAACUAAGUUGUUAUCAUAUUCAAUCCAAGAAAAAGACACACCAUAUCCUAGAUUUCUCCAUCACAUUUGAAUUAUUCCUCCUUAACCAUCACUUGCAUCGAUUAUAAGCUUCAAUUCCACAGAGUGCAGUUUCAAUUCUCUGAUAUCAGUACUAUUGGCUUUGUGAGAGUUCUCACUCUUCCAUGGAUGAUUGCAGAUGUUCUUCACCGCCUUCCAAGAUGAUGCAACCGCAAACCAUGGACUCAGAAGGACCGUAUCGGCUUCUCCACUGCUCUAGUAAGUGUGAAAAGGCAGGUGUGAUACAAGAGUUGGAGAAAGGAGUAGAAGCCAACCUGGCUGACUAUGAUAAAAGAACAGCACUCCAUUUAGCAGCCUGUGAAGGCUGUGAAGAAAUUGUUGUCUUACUUCUUGAGAAAGGAGCUGAUGCAAACCCCAUUGAUCGUUGGGGUCGCACUCCACUUUCAGAUGCUCGUAGCUUUGGUCAUGAGAAGAUAUGUGAGAUACUGGAGGCUCAGGGUGGAAUAGAUCCGGUGGGGCUUGACUCUAAGAUUCCAUGCUAUGAAAUUGAUUAUGCUGAGGUGGACAUGGAUGAAGCAACUCUUAUUGGAGAAGGAGCAUAUGGUGAAGUUUAUUUAGUGAGGUGGCGUGAAACAGAAGUUGCUGCAAAUAUAAUUUAUUCCUCCAUUUCAUCAGAUCCAAGGGUGAAGAAUACCUUUUUGAGGGAACUAGGUUUAUGGCAGAAGCUGUGCCACCCUAAUAUAGUGCAGUUCCUUGGUUUUACAAAGCACUCUGAUCGCCUUAUUUUCCUCACUGAGUAUCUUCGAAAUGGAAGUUUGUAUGAUAUUUUGAGAAAGAAAGGAAGACUUGAUCCACCAGUAGUUGUGGCCUAUGCUUUAGAUAUUGCAAGAGGGAUGAAUCAUCUUCACCAGCUUAAACCACAUUCUAUAAUUCACCGGGAUUUGACUCCAAGAAAUGUGUUACAAGAUGAAGCAGGGCACCUUAAGGUUACAGUCUCCAGUCUAUGCAAAAUUGCUCAGGAAAAAGAUGCAGUUGGUUACAAAAUGACUGGAGGAACAGGUUCAUAUCGUUACAUGGCACCUGAGGUUUAUCGCCGAGAAUCAUAUGGGAAGAGUAUUGAUGUCUUCUCCUUUGCUGUAAUAGUACAUGAGAUGUUCCAUGGGAAAACAUCAAAGAGAGCAGAAAACCCAGAGUAUGUUGCAGAAAAGCAAGCAUAUGAAGAUUCCCGGCCUCCUUUCUCCUCAUAUGUAUACCCUAGACCCAUCAAGACGCUUCUCAGAAACUGCUGGCACAAGAAUCCAGAAGUGCGGCCUACAUUUGAAGCCAUAAUUUUGGAGCUAGAGGAAAUACAAGUGAGUAUGCUAGAUAAGAAAGCAGCUUGCCAUGAUUGUGAUAUCUUAUGACUUAUGAGAAAGAUUCAGCUUGCUCUGGCUUUAGUACGAAUCGUUUCCUUUCAGUUGAGUUUGUUUUCCCUUUAUGGAAUGUAUUUUCCUUAUUCAUUCUAGUUUGUUAAAAAUGGAUUUCCCCUACUCUUAUAUGUAUAUAUACUUAAAGAUCAAUCACAUGAAUACCAUGUAAAUGGUUAUGUAUUCUUCAUAAUGGUUACACUAUUAUAUCUC